CUCCCGCAGCUCAGCCUGGUGUCCGUCUGUCCAUCCCAGGGCCUUGUGGCCAACGGGUCAUGCCGACACGCAUAGUGGGUGGAAAGGAUGCAGAGAUUGGGCAGUGGCCGUGGCAGGGCAGCCUGCGUCUGUGGGGCUCCCACUUCUGCGGAGCGAGCCUGCUCAACCGCCGCUGGGUGCUCUCGGCUGCGCACUGCUUUGAAAAGGCUCUCUCCUCCCUUGAUAGCAACCGAAAUCCCUUUCACUGGUCAGUCCAGUUUGGGGAGCUGUCAGCCGCACCAUCCAUUUGGAACUUGCAAGCCUACUACAACCGUUACUAUGUGGACCAGAUUUUCCUGAGCCCCUUCUAUCUGGGCGCUCCGGUGUAUGACAUCGCCCUGGUGAAGCUGUCCUCCUCAGUCACCUACACUAAGUACAUCCAGCCCAUCUGUGUCAUGGCCUCCAUCUCCGAGUUUGAGAACAGCAGUGACUGUUGGGUGACCGGCUGGGGAGACAUUGAAGAAGAGCUGAGAAGUGCAGGUCGGGAUCAUAAACACGACCAUGUGUAAUCACCUGUUCUCAAUGCCCGAUUUCCGCGUUGACAUCUGGGGAGACAUGAUUUGCGCUGGCGACCCUCAAGGCGGCAAGGAUUCCUGCUUUGUGAGUGUCCCUCCCGUCCCCAGCUCACAUAUCACCCCAGUUGCCCACCUCCCUGCCCCGGCCAGAAAGCACCCUGCGUCCCUGCCCUCCAUUCGGGCCUCGU